GUGGAUAGGAUAACACACCAUAUAUGCACAGGGCAAACAACCAGUCAUCACAAGAGUCGCAUGUAACGUACGACUUCGCAAAACAACUCUGCGGCAGAAUUUCACCGAGCCUACGCUAUUGUUUACAACAUUUGGAGGUCAUGUUUUUCUGGUGAAAGUGUUGCUUGUGUAUAGUGAAUCAUGAUCGAGUUCUUUGGUAGGCAAUUCCGGGGCUAGUCCAUGCAAAACCGGAGUUUAUAUAUUUGGAAUAUUUUAAUUUACGGACGGAAGAAAAUCGAUUAUCAGUCAUAAUGAUAUAAUAACUUAGGGCAAGGAAAAUUGGGGUCAUCUAGCCUUUGUGGAAACAGAAGAACAUCAAAGCUGUACGUCACGAAACACGUAUAGUAAUUAAGCCGAACCUAAUAAUGGGCUCAGUAGCCGAGGAAUUAAUUGCACUAAACAAUGACACUAUAAGGAAUACCAUCUUUAGCUACAUAGGUCAAUACGUGGAUCUGGAUUACUCGAUAUGGCUCUAUCGACUGCUAACUCCGCUGCUAGUUACAUUUAUUUUACCUUCGUUCUUUGUGUUACUAAUUUAUUUGUCAAUAUCGUUUCUUUAUGUAUACAAACUGCAUAGCCGAUUUAUACUGCAAGUUUACAACGAAGGAGAUUUUGACUUUUGGGAUGUCGCUCGGACUUUGGUGGCUGUGGUAUGGGAUGCACAUGGUUGGAUUUUCCAUGGUUACGAAGUUAUCGGAAUGGAAAAUCUGCCACAAAAUGGGCCUGCUCUAGUUAUUUACUAUCAUGGUGCCAUUCCCAUCGAUAUGUACUACUUUGUUGCACGUGUUUAUCUGAAGAGAUCUCGGUUGGUGUACACGGUUGGAGAUCGAUUUUUGGAGAAACUACCUGGAUGGGCUUUUUUGGCACGCGUCAUGAAGAUCAGUCCAGGAACGGUGCAGUCCUGCGCUAGCGUACUGAAGGAAGGAAACAUACUGUCCAUUGCACCCGGAGGAGUCUAUGAGGCUCAGUUUGGCGAUAGCAACUAUGAGCUGCUGUGGCAACAUCGUGUCGGAUUCGCUAAAGUAGCCAUUGAAUCCAAAGCGCCAAUCAUUCCAAUGUUCACAGAAAAUCUUCGUGAAGGUUUCCGUUCGAUCGGAUUCGCGAAACGGCUAUUCAUUUGGCUAUACAAAGUCGUACGCUUUCCGGUUCGACCAGUGUACGGCGGUUUUCCAGUCAAAUUCCGAACCCACCUUGGGAAACCGAUUUAUUACGACCCUUCGUUGACACCUGAACAGCUACAAGAAAAGGUGGCGUACGCAAUUGAAGAACUGAUUAACAAAAAUCAAAGGAUACCCGGCAGUAUUCUACACGCUUUAGCGGAUCGCUUUUUCUCCAAGAGGAAGGGAGAUUAAUGGUGAAGUACUGGUGUAAGAAAAGGAUCGAACCUAAUUGUUGUAAUCGUACUUAUAUAUUUCUGGAAGACAAAGUGGUUUUAAUGUAAUUAUGAUACA